CAUGUAAUUUACUGUCAUCAUUGAAUCAGAAAUCAGUAGCAAAAUGGCGGCCUCCGGUGGCUUUUCGUUCGGCGGACAGUCAGCUGUAAAUACGACAGGAACAGGGAUAUUAGGUGGACAAACUGGUGGAGGCUUCAGUUUUGGAAGUCAAGGGGCUGGAAAAAAUUCUACUCCGGGAACUGUUGGAGGUGGAUUUAGCUUUGGCACUUCAGCGACACCAACCCAACCAGUUUCUAAUACUGGAUCGUUUUUAGGCACUCCAAACACUACUUCAACUACUGGCCUAACUUCUGGAGGAUUCAAGUUGGGUGGUCAAGGGUCCACAAGCCUAAAUCUUGGUGGUGCUAAAACCACUGGACAAGUGGCACCAACACUGAAGCUUGGUGGUACUGCAACCUCUACAGCUAUAACUACAGCUUCCCUGGGAGGUCUUUCAUUUUCUGCUAAAACAACUGCAAACAGUUUAACAUUAGGAGGCACAACCAACGCCUUAUCUGGAACAACAGGAGCAGGUCUCACUUUAGGAGGAGCAGCAGGUAUAGGUGGUCUCGGAACAGGUGGCCUUGGAACUGGUGGCCUGGGUACAGGUGGUCUUGGUACAGGUGGACUUGGAACUGGUGGGCUGGGUACAGGUGGUCUUGGUACAGGUGGGCUUGGAACUGGUGGCCUGGGUACAGGUGGUCUUGGUACAGGUGGGCUUGGAACUGGUGGCCUGGGUACAGGUGGUCUUGGUGCAAAAAAACCUCCUAGUCUUGGAGCCGGAUUAGGACUUGGAGGAACAGCGGCACUCCUUUCUGUCAGUACAGCUAGUAAAGGAUUAGGAGGGGUGGAUCCAGCUUCAUUGAAAACUACUACAGUCAACACUACUAAUGGAGCCUCUAGUACAAGUAAAGCUGUUAAAGAAACAUCGCUACCAAAUGAAAUUUGUGUAACAGUAAAUGAAUUCAAAGAGUAUGUGAAAAAACAGAAGGCCAUACGUGAGGAGAUCGGCCGUUUCUCACCGAAGCCGAUGCACAAAGUGAAAGAAGACAUGCUAGCUCUACGUCAACUGCUGUCCGUUGUUGGCAACAGUCUGCAGCGGAACACCAUGGCAAUCUAUAAGCUUAAGACGGACUCGGCAUAUGAACUAAAGAAUGCCGACAUGGCGCACCGAACCCAUGACAUACCCCGUGCCUUGCAGAUGGACCAUACCGCCCCUGCAGAAUAUUUCCAGAGACUUAUUCAGAAUUUUGAAGAGCAGAUGCAGCUGUGUCAUCAAGAAAUUGAGCAGAUAGAGAGCCACCUGUUGUCACUCACAAGGCCUGCCAGCUACACACCCCAAGAUAUUUCCUUAAUAAUGAUUAAGAUGAAUGAAACAUUUGUUGCUUUAGCUGCCAAACUCCAGACUGUGCAUGAAGCAGUCAAGGCUCAGAAGGAGCAGUACCUAAACUACAGACGUGUAUACCACGACGACACUCAAGACAUAUUUGCAGCCAGACGUAGACAGGCAGACAAGCGUACCAAGGUACCCGUAGUGCCCACAGGGCCAGGCCUGUUCGACAACAACUCAUACGCCACGGCUAUAGCAAUGGCAGCUGCUAUGCAGUCGGCUCAGAAGCCUUCAGGUCUUGCAACUGGUGGGUUAGGAUUUGGCUUUGGGGCUGGAGGUACAACAGCUACUGGAGGUGCUGGGUUUGGUGGAGCAGGACUGUUUGGAUCUACAAAUCCUGGCCUAGGUACCGGAGGGAGUAUGAUUCGACCCCUUAGUAACCAGACCACUAGUGGUUUUGGGUCUGGUUUUGGAAAUGCAGCAAAAACCGGAUUUGGUGGUACGGGGAACACAUUUGGCACAAGCACUGGUUUUGGAACCAGCACUGGUUUUGGUAAAACAUCUGGUUCAACGUUUGGCUCCUCAGGUUCAUCGUUCGGUACAUCUGGCUUGACACUUGGCAGUGGAUUGCCCUCAUCUAACAAACCGACUAACCUCUCUCUUAGUGGUAGCUUAAGCGCCGGACCAACAUCUACCGGAUUCCCAGGAUUUGGAAGCUCUAUUACGGGUAAAAAACGUGGAUUUUGACAACGCCAUCACAUCCAGUUAUAAAUUACUAUUUUGUAUACAAUGAUGUCUUAUUAGUGCAUAUGUAUAGCAAAUAGAUAUUCUUUAGUGCAGAUGCAUCAACCACAACAUUAUGCUUUUCUUAAUCUACACAAUAAAUAAAUCAAAUUUUAAAAAGUACUCGGGCUAUUUUACUUUCUGUUGUCAUGCUGGAAAACUAAUGUUUAUUUUUUGGCACAGUGCCAAAAUGCUAAAUGAAAAUGUGUGUAUUUACUCCUGCAUCUAAAAUCUAUUAUCAGAAAAAAUGAAAAAAUGAUUGAUUGAUUAUAAAAUGUUCAAAUCUAUGAAUUUCAUCAAAAUGUUUUUUACAUGUUUUUAAAGCCUUUGCCAUUAAAAAUACUUAGUCUUAGAAA